AUGAGUGCACCUUUUUACAGCUACGACCCAUGCGUGUGUUCUGGGCGGCCGUGCGGUGCGUGCUACCCGUACUCGACUAAGCCGUGCGCGGCGUCCUAUAACGAUCUGAGCGCGUGCUCGACGUGCCCCGGUGGCGGCUGUUCACCCUGCCCUGCGCCCGUGCGGCCCUGCCCCGAGCCCUGCCCGCCUACGCCCGUCCUGCCCUGCUUACAGCCCUGCCCACCCUGUGAUAAGCCGCGAACUUGUGUGAGGCCACCAUCUAGGCUGUGCGACUCAAUUGCGAUCCCUUGCUGCCGUCCCAACCGCUACAAGCCAUGCCCCUGCUACUGCUGCACGGAACCCGCUAUCUGCUCGCCUAAACGCUGCAGUUACCCAGGCGUGCCUGUCUGCAAUGGCUGCUGCGGCCCUUGCAUGCCAGUUUGGUAGUCACCCCGAAUCGACAUUCCGCUUUUGCAGUUCCAUAAUUAACAUGUAAUACCAUCAAUGUUCUAAUAAAUAGUGUUUGCCAAUCA